GCAUGUGCGAUGAAGCACGUGAGACACUCGGUUUCUUGGGGGUUAUGGAGUGGUCUAUUUACGUAUGACAAGUGUAUCAUUGAAUUAUUCGUCACAUCAACUAAAUAAUCAUGAGAUACCCGAGGUUCAAGUUCCCCGAAUUGGGCUAUUGGUCCAAGCAUUUCGCAAAUUUGCCGGAGCGCUUUAUAAGACGUAAAAUGGAGCAGGUCUAUUGGAAAAGCCCCAAGGGAGACCCUAGGUUCCUCCCUACAGUAGUUCAAAGGGAGGUGUUCAAGUUCGGAAAGCAUCGGCCAUGGACUCGCGAAUUUUACUUAGAGAAUUUCCCAGGGAAGAAACUUUCACCGGUUUUAGUGGAGCCCAUCAAGGAGUGGAGCUACUUCAGAGGGGACAGAGUCGAAAUAUUGGUGGGACGUGACAAGGGAAAGCAAGGAUUAGUCCAACAAAUCAUUCAGGAGAGGAAUUGGGUCAUUGUCGAGGGUUUAAAUACGAAGAUGAAGACUAUGGGAAAAAAGAAGGAUUUUCCUGGCAUUGUCGUCUUGGAGGAACAACCGCUUCUUGUCACCACUGAUAUUGCUUUGGUUGAUCCAGCUGAUUUGAAAGCUUGUAAAAUAGAAUGGAGAUGGACAGAAGAUGGUGAGAAAGUUCGAGUCUCAACAAGAACAGGGAGGAUAAUUCCGAUUCCAAUGACAGCGAAGGAAACGAUGGACUAUAAACUCCCACAUCUUUACAAAGAGCAGCCUAAGGACACGCCCAGAGACGUAAUUGAAAAAAUUACCUUCAAGGCUGAACUCAAAACAUUCGAGAUGGAUAUAAUGGAUAAGAUGGGAAUCAAAGAGGAUCGAGUAGCUCGCAAAACCUACUGGUACUAAACCUAAAACCAUCCCCCUGUUUACCGAAAUUUUAUUUGUAUCGCAAUAGAUAAUAAAGCUACGUUAUACGUUAGUUAAAAAAUCCAAA